AUGUACACGCACUUGUUUUUGUGUGUUAUGCUCGUUUGUUUUGUGCACGUGUGAUGUUACACGGUGUGACUCCUUGUUGCCUCAUUGCAGCGCGUGCGUAUCACUCGUUCUUUCUUCGUCCAGAGCCUCUUCGAGACUGCAGCCAAUCAGCAGCGCUCCCCCCUCGCUGCGCGGACCAAUCAGAGCGCCGGUUCCGCCGCCGGCGCGUCACGGCGGCGGUUCACCUGCUCGGGUCACACGUUCACGGGACGGGAGCAGCGUCGCCCGGUGGUUUCUCCCUCUCUCGCGUUUUGCGUUGUAAGUUGAAAGCUAACGGAUGGGAAGCGGCACGGGACCCCCCGCCGGGCGCCCCCCCGGAGGUUAACGGGCACGAAGUUCGACCCCCCCCGCGGUAACCGGCGAUGGCGCGGACGGGCUCCGGUGCGCUGCUCUCCCGCCGCAACGUCGAGCUGGACUCGUUCCUGAAGCGGAACACGGAGCGCGCGGUGUACGAGCGGAUCCGAGCCCACGAGCCGUGCGUGGUGAUCACGGAGACCAUCCACGAGGUGUUCUCGCCCGUUGUGGUGAGCGACGAGCGCGUGUACCUGGCCGAGUACUCGCCGCGCACGCUCACCGAGGCCUUCGGCUUCAGGCGCGUGCGUGACAUCGAGCUGGUCAACGACCUCCCAGAUUUCCUCCGUGGGAGGAGCCGAGACCUCUGCCAGCACAUUCGAGUCACCUACCUCACGGACAAGCCUGCUGUGAGAGGCCGUGAUUGGCUGAGGAGAGACAGGGGGGUGGGGCUUCCCGCCGCGCUCCCGCCCUCUCGCAGGACCAGCCACUGCCCGACGAUCACGUACACCUUACAAGGACAUCCUGCACAGAGGCCCCCCGGGGAGCUUCCCCCAUUACCUCCCUCGCGUUCCGCCUCCUGCCCGGACCCGGAGAGCCUGGGCCUCGCCGGGGUCCCGCACCCCCCCGACCGGCCCCCCUCCACGGCGCCCUCCCCCACCGGCUCGCCCACCUCGCCUCUGUCGCCGGACAGCCGCGGGCUUCACUUCCCCGACACUGGGCAGGUCCCGAGGAGGAUCGGCUCGGUCCUGUCUCGCCUGCUGAGGAGGGACUCGGCGAGCGGCGGACAGGAGAGGGAGGCCGAGCUGCAUUUCUACGCCGUGUCGAACGCGUCCAGACUUUACCUCCACCUGCAGAGCUCCUGGAACAGCUUCAUCAUGAGGUCCACGCUGUCCUUGGACCCCCUCCACAAAAGGGCCUCGUCUGACUCCUGUCCCAAAACGCGACUCCCUGCCGCCAGCUGGGAGCGGACGGCUCACCUGUUCGGUCAGCUGAGCUGUGAGCUCCUGCAGGAGGGGAUCAGCGUGGAGAGCCUCUACCUGCUGCUGCAGGAGCUGAGAACCGCCGCUCAGCGCGACGUCGCCCUGCGCCGCCUCUUCUGGAACUCCAGCGAGCUGUUGGACUUCCUGGUUCUCACUCUGGAGGAAGCUCUGCACGGCCGCCAGAGCCCCAGCGGAGUCUCCACAGCAGAUCAGCUACUACUGAGCGCCCUGAUCGCCCAGACGCUCGCCGUCAUGUUCAGAGAGACGGAGGUCGAACCCGCCAGGCUCAACCUGCUCUCCGCCAAAAAAGGAGCCCUGGCCUCCAGGAUGCUGCGGGCCUUGAUGUGUGACGCAGAGGACCAAAGGUCACCGACGGACUGCGAGCGGCAGGCCUUGCUCGCCGAGUACCUGGACGCCGCCUGCUCGCUGCUCUUUGAGCUGCUGCUUUUAGGCCACGACGCCAGCAGAUGUUCCUCCGCUGACCACUUCCUGUCCAUUGGCUGGAUCCUCGGCGUCCUGCAGCCGCAUCCCCAAAUGUUGUCCUUCAUGGGGUACCAGGUCCAGCAGGUGGUCCAGGUUCUGUCGGACCCGCAGGAAUCCUUCCUGAGUCCACUUCAGUCCGUUCUGCUGUUCCAGCGCUGCCGCCUGCUGCUGGCCUGCCUGCAGUACAACGAGCAGCUGGCCCAGCACCUGCGCUCCCACUUCAGAGAGGAGUUCAGGUACUCGGUGAAGCUGUCGUGCGCCGAGGAGAAGCUGCCGCCUCACUACCCGAUCAGCCAACCGACCCUCCACCUGCUCGGCCAGAUCCUGACUCUCCACCGGCACGGGUGAUGGUGGGUUUGUGCUCUGCAGUGGAUGAACUGAGCGGGACGAGUGAAACAAGGAACUCAGCAGAAUUAAUCACGAAAGCACUUCUUUCUAUAACUGUUUUUUCUUUUUCUUAUCAGUAUUCCUUUACUGCCGUGAAGCAGAACUCCUCUGUAGCAUGUUAGCAUGCAAUCAGCUGCUAAUUGACACUAAAACAUCUGUUGUGUGAACAUCCUUCCCCGAAUGUUCGGAUUCGCCCUCUGUGUGUUUGAAAAAACGUGUAAAUGUCCUUUACACGCUCUGAAUAAAAGGUUUUGAAGUGGAA